CACGCAGCCACGCCCCUCCCGCGCUGCACGCCCGGACCCCGCCGACCUGAGCUGCGGCGGCGGCGGCGGCGGGAGCCCGGCAGGCGGAGGAGGGAGGCGGCGGCGGCGGCGCGCGGAGACGUAGCAGCGGCGGCGGCAGCGGCAGCAUGUCGGCCGGGGGAGCGCCAGUCCCGCCGCCCCCGAACCCUGCCGUGUCUUUCCCAGCGCCCCGGGUCACCCUGCCAGCCGGCCCCGACAUCCUGCGGACCUACUCGGGCGCCUUCGUCUGCCUGGAGAUUCUGCUUGGGGGUCUCGUCUGGAUUUUGGUGGCCUCCUCCAAUGUUCCUCUACCUCUGCUGCAAGGAUGGGUCAUGUUUGUGUCCGUGACAGCUUUUUUCUUUUCUCUUCUCUUCCUGGGCCUGUUCCUUUCUGGCAUGGUGACUCAAAUUGAUGCCAACUGGAACUUCCUGGAUUUCGCCUACCAUUUUACAGUGUUUGUCUUCUACUUCGGAGCCUUCCUGCUGGAGGCAGCAGCCACCUCCCUUCAUGAUCUACAUUGCAACCAAACCUUGACCGUGCAGCCGCUCCUGAGUGAUAACCAGUAUAACAUCAACGUAGCGGCCACAGUUUUUGCCUUUAUGACUACAGUUUGUUAUGGUUGCAGUUUGUGUCUGGCUUUACGAAGAUGGCGACCGUAGCACUCCUUGGAAACUAAUAGUCAUGUGUUAGUUUCAUUUGUCUAUUUUGUAAUAUGUCUGAUCAAUUUGUAUGCCAUUUUGUCCAGAUGUAACAACAAUGCAAAAAUAAUCUGUUUAGUAAAUAGAGAAAAUCCUAAGUGCAAGUUUUGGUUUAGUUCAUGGAUGGAAUUUUAAUUUUAUUAUGAUGUUAAGUGGAGAAAUAGCCUUUCAUUUUAUACCUAUCUCUUUUUUAUUUUUUUAAAGAAAUUUUUCCAUAAUGUCCAUAAAAUACACAGAUAUCAUUCAUGAAAAAGUAGUAUCCCUUUUGUUUGGUUACUUAGUCACCUGAACCUUAAUAUUAAUAGAUUUAUAAAACUCCCUAAAAUAUACAUAUUUCAAACAGUCUUCCCCACUGAAUUCUACCUUUUAAAGUAAA